AUGGCUCUCGCCGCGGUAUCGACCUCGCUGGCGUCGCCUCUCAACAGGGCGAAGCUCGCCUUGCAGCACGCAGACGCAGCCCUGCCCGGCGACGUGGCGAGCAGCGUGUGCGUGCGCCAGCAGCAGCAGCAGCAGCAGCAGCAGCAGCACACGGAGGGCGCGCGGAAGAAGCCCCCGAUCUACAAGGUCAUGCUGCACAAUGACAACUACGUGAGCGGGGGCCGUCAAGCGUCGGGCGGGCCGCGGCGCGGCGGCCCGCCCCUGACGAACCGGCGGGAGUAUGUCGUCAAGGUGCUGCUCAAGGUGGUGUCUGAGAUCACGGUGGACGACGCCAUGAACGUGAUGCAGGAGGCUCACGAGAGUGGGGUGGCGCUGGUGGUGGCGUGCGCCCAGGACCAGGCGGAGGGAUACGUGGAGGACCUGAGGCUCAAUGGCCUGAUAUCAACCAUGGAGCCCGGCCACUAA